AUGGAGCACUCGGAAAAAGAAGCGAUUAGCAGGGCCUAUGCGCACGACACGGCCGGGCUGACGACACCUCAUGACAACGUUCCCACCGUGGCAGUAGAGCGCGUCGACACGCUGGCCUCAUACGAGAAUGGCGAUUCCUCAGACGAUGUCUCCUACGCCGCUUCGGAGCGACUCUCAAUCGAAGUAGCCGGUAAAGCGGACGGCGCGCACGGCGUCAACGUCGCCGGAGCGGAAAAGCAAUUCCAUCAACUCCAGCGCACUUUUAGCCAUGUCAGCAAGGCUUCGACGAAAUUGUCGCGACAGCAAAGCCGGCAGCGGGACGAGAAGCAGCGCGACCUGGAGAAGGGCGGGGCGUCGGAGUCCAGCGAGGAGGCCGAGCCGUUCGAUCUCGAGGAUAUCCUGCGAGGCAAUCGGCGGCUGGAGGAGGAGGCCGGGAUCAAGUCGAAGCAGAUUGGCGUCGUUUGGAGCGGGUUGACGGUCAGAGGCGUCGGCGGGACGAAGAUUCUCGUUCCCACGUUUUUCCCGGAUGCGUUUGUCGGCUUUUUCGGGGCGCCGUUUCGGCUGCUGAUGAAGUUGAUGCCGGCGCGAAGGAAGGCGAAUGAGGUGGAUAUUCUGCAUGACUUUAAUGGGGUGGUGAAGCCCGGGGAGAUGGUGCUGGUGCUGGGACGGCCGGGAUCAGGCUGUACUACGUUCUUGAAGGUCAUUGCCAAUCAACGGUACGGCUACACGUCUAUUGACGGCGAUGUGCGGUACGGACCCUUCACGAGCAAGGAGUUCGAGACUCGGUAUCGUGGCGAGAGCGUUUAUUGUCAAGAAGAUGACGUCCAUCUGGCCGCAUUGACCGUUGGGCAGACGCUGGGCUUUGCAUUGGAUACCAAAGUUCCCGGAAAGCGACGUGGGAACCUCACCGCCAAAGUGUUCAAAGAAGAGGUUGUUGAUUUGCUGCUACGGAUGUUCAAUAUCGAACACACGCGGAACACGAAGUGUGGAGAUCAGUUCAUCCGCGGCAUCAGCGGCGGCGAACGGAAGCGCGUGUCAAUCGCAGAGACGUUCAUUACCGGCGGCUCGGUCAUCUCUCACGACAACACCACUCGUGGGCUCGAUGCCUCGACGGCCGUGGACUACGCAAAGUCGUUGCGGGUCCUGACGAACAUCUACAAGACGACAACAUUCGUCAGUCUGUACCAGGCCUCCGAAUCCAUCUAUAAGCAGUUCGACAAAGUCAUGGUAAUCGAUCAAGGCCGUCAGAUUUUCCUCGGCCCAGCCAACGAAGCGAGAUCCUACUUUGAAGGCCUGGGCUUCCUACCCAAGCCUCGACAGACGACCCCGGACUAUCUCACCGGCUGCACCGACUCCUUCGAACGAGAAUAUCAAAAAGGUCGAGACGAGUCAAACGCACCGCACUCCCCCGAAACGCUGGCGGCAGCGUUUCAGCAAUCGCCAUACGCCACUCGCCUUGCGGAGGAAACGAAGGAAUACGUGGAUGUUCUUCAGGAGAACCAGCAGAUUCAUGACGACUUCAGGACGGCUGUGCUGCAGGGGAAACGCCACUACACCAAGAAAUCCGUCUACUCUAUUCCCCUCUACUUACAGAUUUGGUUUCUGGCAAAGAGGCAGUUCUGGUUGAAGUGGCAGGACAAGUUCUCCUUGUGUGUGGGCUGGGCCACUACGAUUAUUAUUGCGGUUAUCAUUGGCACUGUGUGGCUGCAACUCCCCACAACCUCCCAGGGUGCUUUCACGCGUGGUGGUGUCCUGUUCAUCUCGCUUUUAUUCAACUGCUUUACGGCCUUUGGAGAAUUGGCUGGAGUGAUGGUCGGCCGGCCACUGGUCAAUAAACAUCGAGCCUACGCAUUCUACCGCCCCUCUGCACUAUGGAUCGCACAAAUCGGCGUCGACCUCCUCUUCUCUAGCGUGAAGAUUCUGGUGUUCAGCAUCAUGGUCUACUUCAUGUGCGGGCUCGUGCUGGAUGUCGGCGCAUUCUUCACUUUCGUCCUGGUCAUCAUCACGGGCUAUCUUGGCAUGACUUUGUUCUUCCGAACGGCCGCCUGCUUGUGUCCGGAUUUCGAUUCGGCGAUUAAGACAGCUGUGCUGAUUAUCACACUCUUUGUCCUAACUGGCGGCUACUUGAUACAAUACGCCAGCGAACAGGUAUGGCUCCGGUGGAUCUUCUACAUCAACCAGCUGGGCCUUGGCUUUUCUUCCAUGAUGAUCAACGAGUUCUCGCGAAUCGACCUCACCUGUGACGGUACCUCGCUUAUCCCGUACGGACCAAGCUACAACGAUAUCACCCACCAAGUCUGCACUCUUCCAGGAAGCCAUGCCGGCACCGCUAUCGUCAGCGGCUCUGCCUACGUCACUCAACAUUUCCAAUACGACGUGAAAGAUCUCUGGCGAAACUGGGGCAUCAUGGUCAUUCUCAUCAUCGCUUUCCUGAUGGCCAACGUCUACCUGGGUGAGUAUAUCAGGUGGGGCGCCGGCGGCAGGACGGUCACGUUUUUCGUCAAGGAGAAUUCCGAGCGAAAGGCUUUGAACGACACGUUAGUUGGAAGCAAGGAUUCUCGUCGCCGCAAAGACAGCGAACACGCCGAGACCGAGCUUCGUAUUGAGUCCAAGGCCGUCCUCACGUGGGAAGAUAUGUGCUACGACGUUCCUGUGUCGUCUGGACAGCUACGUCUUUUGAAACACGUCUAUGGCUACGUCAAACCUGGCGAACUUACCGCUUUGAUGGGCGCAUCGGGUGCUGGGAAGACCACACUGCUCGACGUGCUCGCCAAUCGAAAGAAUAUUGGCGUUAUUAGCGGCGACAAGCUGAUCGACGGGAAAACACCCGGCACCGACUUCCAACGUGGAACGUCGUAUGCUGAACAACUGGAUAUGUUCGAGGAGACCCAAAGUGUCCGCGAGGCGCUCAGAUUCUCGGCGGAGCUCAGGCAGCCUUACGAUACACCGCUGGCCGAGAAGCACGCAUACGUGGAAGAAGUGAUCGCACUGCUAGAAAUGGAAAACAUAGCGGAUGCCAUCAUUGGCAGUCCCGAAGCAGGUCUGGCAGUUGAACAGCGCAAGCGAGUCACGAUCGGUAUUGAAUUAGCCGCGAAACCUCAGCUGCUGCUCUUCCUCGACGAGCCUACAUCGGGUCUGGACAGUCAAUCAGCGUACAACAUCGUCCGUUUCCUCCGGAAAUUGGCAGCAGCCGGCCAAGCGAUCCUCUGCACCAUCCAUCAACCCAACGCCUCGCUCUUCGAAAACUUCGACAGACUCUUACUACUGCAGUCUGGAGGCGAGACGGUAUACUUCGGCGACAUUGGCAAAGACGCAGCCAUCCUUCGAGAAUACUUUGCCAAACACGGCGCCUACUGCGAGCCCGACGAAAACCCAGCAGAAUGGAUGCUCGACGCCAUCGGCGCCGGGCAAUCCCCGCGCAUCGGCGACAAAGACUGGGGCGCCAUCUGGAACGACUCGGCGGAAUUCGAAAACGUCAAAGAGGAGAUUGUCCGGCUCAAGACGGAGCGAGUGCGCGAAACGGAGUCCCAAACGGUCGCUCCUGCGAAGGAGUUUGCCACUCCGCUCUGGCAUCAAAUUGUGACUGUCAACAAACGGCAGCAGAAGGCUUUCUGGCGGCAGCCGAAUUAUGGCUUCACUCGGCUUUUCAACCAUGUGAUUAUUGCGCUUUUGACGGGGCUUAUGUUUUUGCAACUCUCGGACUCUCGGACGUCGUUGCAGUACAGGGUUUUCGUGAUUUUCCAGGUGACCGUGCUUCCUGCUCUGAUCCUCGCGAGCGUAGAACCCAAGUACGACAUUUCACGCCAGAUCUACUACCGGGAAGCCUCCGCCAAAACCUAUCAACAGCUCCCCUUCGCGCUCUCCAUGGUCCUGGCCGAAAUCCCCUACUCAAUCAUCUGCGCGGUGUCCUUCUUCCUUCCCAUCUACUAUAUUCCCGGAUUCAACCCUCACACCGGCCGCAGCGGAUACUUUUUCGCGGUUGUCAUUGUUACAGAGCUGUUCUCUGUCGUUCUCGGACAGAUGAUCUCCGCGUUCACGCCGAGCACCUACAUUGCGAUUCUCUUCAACCCGUUCGUCAUCAUUGUUUUCGCCCUUUUCUGUGGUGUUACCGUUCCGCCGCCGGAGAUACCGUCUUUCUGGCGAGCUUGGCUGUACCAGCUCGACCCUUUCACCCGCCUCAUCAGCGGCCUAAUGUCCAACGAACUCCACGGCCUCCCAGUAAAAUGCACCGACUCCGAACUCAAUCGCUUCACCUCUCCACCCGGCAAAACCUGCGGAGAGUACAUGUCCGCCUUCUUUGCAUCCGGCGGCCCGGGGUAUCUCGUCAACAACCAGACGUCCGAGUGUGGCUACUGCGCGUACAAGGUCGGCGAUCAGUUCUACGAAGAGUUUGGGAUCGAUUUCUCGACGCGCUAUCGCGAUCUGGGCAUUUUGAUUGCGUUCAUUGGGAGCAAUUUGAUUUUGCUGUUUGUUGCGAGUCGCUAUGUGAACUACAAUCGGCGGUAG